GGCGCCGCCCGGCCCCGCCGCGCCCCGCCGCCCGGAGGAAGUCCCCGCUUCGGCGGCGAUGGGAAGUGAAACCGAAAUCCGCAGCCGGGGCGAGAGGGGCGGGUAGCGAGGCGGCGCCGGUGCUUCGCCUGCCGCUGCCGCGGCGCGGCCCGCCGCUCCUAUGUCCCACAAGGCGCGCAGGGGGGAGGAAGAAGAGGAAGAGGAGGAGGAGGGGUGGGAGGAAGAGGAGGAGGAAGGAGAAGCAGCGAGGAGCAGCCAGAAGCGGCCCAGGAGCCACCAGGAGCCGCCGGCGAGCGGCGGCAGGACCCAGGACCGGCAUGAGAGGAAAAGGAAGAAGCAGGAGGCGCAGCAGCUGCAGAAGCUCCAGCACCUGGAGUCGUUCUACGAGAAACCUCCCCCAGGGCUAAUUAAGGAGAAUGAAACAAAACCAGAAGACUGCAUACCUGAUGUACCAGGCAAUGAAAGUGCACGAGAAUUCCUGGCACAUGCCCCAACAAAAGGGCUUUGGAUGCCUUUGGGAAAAGAAGUCAAAGUUAUGCAGUGUUGGAGGUGUAAGCGUUAUGGACACAGAACAGGAGAUAAAGAAUGCCCAUUCUUUAUUAAAGGCAAUCAGAAAUUGGAACAAUUUAGAGUAGCACAUGAAGAUCCAAUGUAUGAUAUAAUAAGAGAAAAUAAACGUCAUGAAAAAGAAAUGAGGAUACAGCAACUGAAGCAGCUCCUGGAAGACUCUACCUCGGAAGACAAUAACAGUGAUGAGAGCAGUGAGGAUGAUGAUGAAAAUAGCAGCAGCUCCACUUCCUCAGAAUGUAGAGAUAAACAUAAGAAAAAAAAGAGAAAGAAAGAAAAGAAAAAAAAAGAAAAGAAGAAGAAGAAAAAGAAAAAGCAUAAAUCCUCUAAAUCUAAUGAGAAGUUGGAAUCUGACUGACAGCAGUUGUGUGCUGCAUGCUUCUUGACCCCUACUUGCAAACUGUAAGGAGACAUCCAAAGAAUGAAGAAGAAACCACCAGAAGGGGCUUUAUUAAACUCGGAACAUAAAGAUGGAAAUAUAUAGCAUCCUGCAUUGGCUCUGCUUUUCUGCCCCUCUGCAAUGCCAGAAAAGAGAGGGAUGCAUUAAACAAUACUUUUACUCAACCAUAUCUCUACACUGCAGAACUGGUGCUGAGGGUCAUCUAGCUAGGUCAGACUAGGCCUUUGCGUUGCCACAUGUGACAACAGCCAGAAAGCAGUGACUACCAAAGUAUUGCUAACAGAUCAGCAGAAUUCAGUAGACUGUCUGCUGAAGUAUGUUUUCUCCAUGAUGUAAUCUUAUUACAUACAAACCUUCAUUGCAGUGGGGACUGCAGUUUGCACUGUGCAAAACAUUGACACUUCAUUUACAGUAAUUAUCGUGAGCAGCUUGUGCUGUAUUUUCUUCUGCAUGGUGCUAUAUGUUGAAGUUUGCUGUACAUAGCACUGGCAGUUGGGGAAAUAAAAAAGCGUUGCUGAAUGGGGGAGGGGAAAGUUUAGCAAGGGGAUUUACUUCAAGACAAAACUGCAGUGUUAGCAGUUAGUGUUUUUAGGUUUAGCAAAAUCUCAACAUCACCACCAUUAAUAGGCAGAGUUUUGCAACACCUUAAGCAUUCUCCAAACCAUAGAAUUUGGCAGCCAAGCAUAAGAAUUGGAUGUUAAAUACUCAAUUUUACUGUAAAGAGCUAAUAUUUUUAGUUAAGGAGGGGUGUUUUCAUGUUGGAAAUGAGAGAUGCAUUUCUAUAUACACUUCAGUAUCAGUUGUUUUGAUACAUCUUGAGUUUUUUCCUUUUUAAAAAGGCUUGGGGAAGUAAAUUCCAACUUAUUUUGUAUGUUUAGUAGAGUUAUUUUAUUUAGUAAUAUUUUAUGAAUCAUACUGCAAGAAGAAUAUAAAUAUGUGGAAGGAUUUCAAAAUGGUGUUCAAGUAUAUGCCUGCAAGCAACUAAAUAAUAACAGUAGAGAACCCACAAGUUGAAAGAAGGGAAGGUUCUGUGUACCUAGGUAAUCUUGGGGACUGACAGUAAGAUUCCUUUCUAAGGAUUCUUGCAAGGCAGACUUGACUGUAAAAAUUGAUACAAUUACAAAGUACAUUAGAGCAAGUGUCUCUUUUUGAAACGUCAAGUUAAGUGAUAUGAAUCUGAUCUGAGCAUCUAGAUGUUUUUAUGUACCUUGCAAAGGGUAAAAAUUGUAGAUUUGCUUUGAAAAGACUAGAUCAUAUUUGAUCUUGUACAGAACCUGCAAAAAAAAAAAAAAAAAAAAAAAAAAAGGCAUGAUAAAGCUCUAACGUCAUUGGCCAUUAACAGUCAAAUCCAGGAACAGCAGACUAAAAUGCACUUAAUCUUUUUCAAAGGUUGAGAGAGCUCUCAAAAAAGACAACAGGGAGAAUACAUGUUAAAAAUGUGUUUUCUGCCACCUUUAAACUCUUAAAUGUCUAAGAGUCAUUUAGUAAAAACAAAGUCUCAUACCUUGUCAGUCACUCACAGUACCUUCUGUGGAAAACAAGAUGGUCAAGGCCUACUUACAAAAAGGUUCUUUACUGGUCUUUCCUCUCCAUUGCUUUGGUGAUUUUGCAUCUUGAAUAAGCAAUGGCAAUAAAAGGAAAACCCAUUCACUGGUAAAACAUGAUUUUAGAUAUCACUAUAUCCUGGCAACUGUAUAAGAAAGUGUAUUAAUCACAGCAGUAGCUUUAGGUGAAACUAUUUUUAUACUGUCAUAGUCCCAGAGCAUCAAUAUUCUGCAGUGAUUUUUUAAAAAUCUUUCAGUACUGUUUUUUAGCAAAUCUCCCUGUGAUGAAAUUUACCCACCAGUGACUCCUAGCAGUUCUCUGUAUUGGCAUUCUCUUGAAAUAAUUAGAAGCUCAGUUGAAAUAACAUGAGAAGAUAUACAAUAACAGUUGAAAUAGCAUGAAAAGAUUUACGAUGGCCUCAUACAUUUGAUGCUGAGGAAGUGCGCUUAUAGCAUUGGUGAUUGUUGGAAAGAUGCUGGAAUGAAGCUGCCACAGAUAAUGAAGUAUUCACCUGGUAUAUUCCAAGAGUCAUCUUGCACAGAUUUCUCUAGAGCAGAGCUAUCCCAAAGGCCUCUUUGGUUAUUCUAGCUUUUGUUAUUUAAGAUUCUUCUGAAAUGUAGUUUAAUUAAAACAAAUCUCUAUUUUUCUUACAGUCUUUCAUUCCUUCCCUUGACCUGUUUAUUAGAGUUUUACCUAUCACAGUUUGCUAUUCAAACAAUCAAGAAUACCUUAAAAGAAGGGCAUUAACAAAUGCAAUUUCAGAAGAAUCUGUUCUGAAAUACUAAAUCCCCAUUCUAUGUCAGACUAAACAUCUGUAUCUUUUCCAGUGGUAGUGGUCAAUAGUAGAUGCCUACGCAACAGGACAGGGCAAGCUAUAGCAAUUUUUCUGUUAUGCUGCCUCUGCCUCCACUGCUUGCAGUGCAAGUACUUUGAGCCAUACAUGUUUUUGUAUUUAGUAGCCUUGUAUAGAUUUUUCUUUAACAUCCAGUUACUUCUUGUAAACUCCAAUAUUCAGUUUCCUUCAGCAAGGAGCUCUGCAAAUUUGUUAUGCAAUAUAAUGAACCAUCAUGCUUUCAAACUGUCCGCUGCUCAUUUCACAUACUCUUAUUCUGUAUUACAAUUUCUAAUUGUAUUAGAAAGCAUCUGAACAACUGA